AUGGAAAAUAGUAAGAAUCACCUCGGACAAGCAGUGAGGCCAGUGGCACAGAGGUUAUCAUUACGUAUUUCAAAGGUAACAGUUGACACAGACUUAAACGUCGCUGAGGUCUGGUUGCUGAAGUCUGGGUGUAGGCAUGCUUUCGAUGCCAACAGAAGAAGACAAGAUGUGAUGUUUCAGAACAAGCGUGGCAAGGGUAAAGGCAACCAGUACAUCAAGGAUCUUCAGGAUCGACUGUCAAAAUUAGAAUCGCUUUUACAGCGCUCAGGUGUCGCCUCGCCAGAUGAAGGGACUCAGAGGCUACUGCGAUCGGCUUCAGCAGUCAAAUCUCACAAAGCACCCCUUCUAAGCCAUGACAAAAACGCCCCGACCAUAAGUUCUGAGGCACUCAGUGGAAACGCUUCAAUGGGACCUGUUGAAUUUGAGACUCUAGGUGAUUAUUGGCACCAGGUCGCCCGACGCCUUGAUCAGUACAAAAUGGGGGCCCCAGUUUCACCGCAAGAAACAGAGGCCGUCCUACUUAAGUUGACUAUCGAAGACGUGUGUGCCGAGCUUCCACUGUUUGACAUACCUUGGUUCUUCGAACGUCUUCGCUCCCAGUACUCUGCAGAAACGUGUCGUUGUCCCUCUUGGUGGGCAUGCCUCAAUGCGCUGACGGCACUUGCCAUCUCGCGAAGAAGUACCAACCGCUCCUUGGGAGAAUUAUCUGGAUUCGUGUGGGCAUUUUUCAAGAAUGCCUAUGCCGUGCUUCCUGAUAUAUUAAACCAAGCAGAUGAUCUGCUGGCCGUCCAGAGCCUUCUUGCCAUGGCAAUACAUAUGAGGACUUCGGGAAAUUCGCGAACAACAGCCCUGUUGUUAUCCAACGCAUGCAGAAUCAUCCACACUGUUGGCCUGCACACAAGGAGCCGUGGAAACGGUAAGCCUUUUCUUGAAAGAGAGACGCGCAAUAGGGUCUUCUGGAUCGGGUUUAUCCUGGAGACAGAGAUUAGCAUCACUUGCGGAAUUCCAUCCAUUUUAGAGAAAGAUAACAUGGAUAUUGAGCUUCCAACUGAGUGGCCCCCGGACAGCUGUGGCCUCGUCGCUCUCGGAGGAGAGCAGAGAAGUAUUAACGUCUUCAGGCUGAGGGUCGAGCUGGCCAAUGUCCAAUCGAGGGUCCAGGAGAAGCUAUACAGUGUGAAGACACUGAAACGAACAGGAAGCCAGCUGCUGGAAACGAUACAGGAACUCCAGCGUGAGCUCCUUGACUGGAGGCUAAGAGUCCCCUUGGAGGUUCGACCAGAAUUUGACCGCCCUCUUAUGAGUUUUAUGCGUGAUACGCCUCUGCUGGGUUUGCAUUUUAUGUAUUUCAACUGUGUCUCGAUGAUCUAUUGGACAGCAAUGCGAGGAAGUUCUGGCAAAGUUGCCAUGGAAAACCGUGACUUCGCAAGCCAGUACGCAGCAGCAGCAAGAGCCACCAUCCUCCUACUAAAUUGCAUUCCUGGUUCUCAGAUUUCUGGGUUAUGGCAAAUUCAUAGGCCGGUCUUGCCUUGUGCUGUCUCCGCGACCUUGGUUCUAUUUGUCGGCGUGCUAGAGAAUCCGUACAACUUGAACGUACAAACAGAUUUAGGGCUGCUUAAGUCGAUUGUCCAGUGGACAGUAAGAUUGAGAGACGAUGAAGGUUGUGAUCUAGCAAACCUACGAACUGCCUCCUCUGAAAUGGUAAGGAUCGCCGAAUCUGCAAUCAGCAGUUGGCAGCCAACGGGAGAUCAGCUGCCUGGCGUAGCAGCGCAUGCGCAUACCGAACUCAAGUCCUUGAUGGGCAACUUGCCGAACCAGGACACGGAUAUAAGUCGCAGAUUGUCUGGAAUGCUAGGAGUUAUCUGGGAGGAUGGCUCUGAAUAUGGCCCUUUUGUUCCCGAUUUUCUGCGGCCGCAUACAUACGGCUUUGGUAUUUCCAAUGGAAUAUUCCCGCACCCUGUUGAUGGUUUGGGUGUUGCCCGACUAGGAUGA